CCAAAAUGUAGGAGUCGUCAAAAUAAUAUUUCCUCGUCAUGGAUAUCUUAGACGUGACAGAGCCUUUGGAUCGAGUCGUAUGCUAUUGUGCUCGGUGCCGGGCAGUUCUAUACUCGUUCACCAAUCUAUGGAUCAGCAUUGAAAACUAUAUCUGCCCCAUCGCCUGUCCUAGAUCCUUCACAAAUGCCUAUAUCGCUCAUGCGGGUUUCCCGACCAUUAUAUAUACAGGUCCCGCGCGAAUUGGAAAGGAACGCACAUUUCUAGAGGAUUGCCAUGUACAUGAUAUAUCAUGCCUCGCUUGCCAGACGGUACUUGGGUUCAAGUGUCUCCUAACACCGGCCAAUCACGUUCUACGCGAGGGUCAAAUGUUCUUCCGGUCUUCCUCAAUUGUACUCAUUCUUGCGAAUGGCACCGAAGCGGAUGCCAACCCAGAGACCGGGGAAAUUGUUGGAGCCGUCAUCCAACAGAUGAUUUGUCUAGAAACCCCAUGCCUCAGUCCCGAUCCUUCACUCACACCUUCGUCCCCCGAGAGUAACACGCACGCUAGCACGAGCAAAAGUGACCUUUCGAUAAUACAAGGCCAGGUUCUUGACCAUCUACAAGCUCAGUUAGAUGCUUCAAGAGAAGAACUCCAGGGGUUUGACCGUUCACGUCAUCAACAAGACAGAGCUAGAGCUGGCUUCGUUUAUACCACAACGCCGUGUGCCCAAGACAAGGUCGCGGAGCGGACGAAGGAAGUCGACGAGGAGUCGAAAGGGGUCGUGGACAAGUAUUCCGGGGAUGCCGACAUGCAGGAUAUCAUUGCCUCACUAAAAACCGAAUUCAGUGAAAUGAACCUGACCUCCACCCUUAUUGGGCGAGAGCUUACUUGCGCGAGGCAAAUAACAGCAGACCUACGCUUAUCUCUAAGCAACAAUCGCCACAUAUCAGCGUCAACCACGGAGCAACCACCACCACCACCACCACCACCACAGCGCGAAAUAGCCACUUCAGAUACCAGUCCCGCGCAACAAGACCUAGGACGCGUGCGAGAAGAGGUACAUGGAACCACAGGAGUUAUAAGAGAAUAUAUCUCGUCGGUAAAGGCCUGUGCCGAGGAAGUAUCCUUGCUACGAGCGGAGCUGGAAGGCCUCAGAGAUGAACUGGCCUACAACGGGUCACGGCAGCCUCUACCUGAAGACAAAGACUCCCAGGUAGAAUCCACCAAUGGAAAUGCUCACCACUGAUGUUACCAAGGUUGGUUAAAGAACGAGCUAGGGGAGGAGGAAAGUAUGGUUCUUAGGUUGAAGCGAUGCCACUGCUGACAUGUCUUCAAGCACUUCUUUAAUUAACAGGAUGCGACUUUUCGCAGCUUCCCAGGUCGAGCACCAUCGGGCAGAGGUUUGGGGUAAGC